GACAAGGUAUGUUUAGUCAAUUUAUUUCUAGCUUCGAGACAUACGAAUGCUUGGCAAUUUUCUAUUGAUAAAGAAGACUCGACAUGGCUUUCUCGUCUUCGGAAAAGCCGAAGGUUCUUGCAUUGACACCGCCGAAAGCCUGUGGAGCUGAUUAUCUCGAGGAUUUCAAGUCCAAAUUCCAACUAGAUAUCCUUUCUGUCAAGAACCGAGCAGAGGCUGUACCCGCAAUUGCAGAAGCCGUCGCUAAGACGGGCCCUUAUAGCGCUUUCAUCAUUUUGAUGGGAACUGCGCCUUUCGAACCUUUUGAUGGUGAAUUCUUCACACCCCUGGUUCCUGAGUGCAAAAUUGUAGUUUCUGCUUCCGCAGGCUAUAAUGAGUUCCCAGUGAACUGGUUGACCGACAAAGGAAUCUGGUUUUGCAACACUCGCAAUGCUGUCUCCGAACCAACGGCCGACAUGGCACUGUUCCUUACCUUGGCCGUUUGUAGAGAUACAACUCGUGCAGAGAACUCUGUACGAAAUGGUCUUUGGAGGAACAAUCAUGUUCCCUGCACCGAUCCGAGCGAUCUGAUUGUUGGAAUCAUCGGACUAGGAGCAAUCGGAAAGCAUUAUGCUAGAAAGGUGAAUGCUUUCAACAUGAAAGUUCAAUAUCACAACAGAACUCGUGCUUCUCCGGAAAUUGAAGCACUUUACGGUGCAACCUGGUGUCCCAACUUAGAAGAGCUGCUGAGGACCUCUGACGUGGUCUCAGUGAGCGUGCCUCAAAAUGCGGAAACAAUAGGACUUAUCUCUCGCAAUGAAUUCUCGCAAAUGAAAGAUGGAGUGUUCUUCAUCAAUACCGCGCGAGGACCCAUCGUAGACGAGGCGGCUUUGAUAGCUGCUUUAGAGAGUGGCAAGGUGGCAAGAGCAGGGUUAGACGUUUUCACAGGAGAACCAAAUGUCAACCCGUGGUUUUUGAAGAGUGACAAAGUCGUGAUUCAACCACAUCUUGGUGGGUUGACAAAUAGAGCAUGGAGGGAUGCAGAACGUGAAUGUUUUGCGAAUAUUGUCGCACUCUAUGAGACAGGGAGGCCAGUUGCUCCAGUCAAUGACAUCAAACCAAAUUGAUGUAGACAGUUUCGAAUAUCAGUGAUACAAACUUGGGAAUUUGAAAGGUCACUAGUUUACUCUUCAAAGAUACAACUUCUGCU